AUGGAGCUUGGCACUGGAUACCCUGGCCCACAUCCAGGCACACCACCAGCACCUCAGGCCCCUUCCCAGGGGCCAGGGAUAUGGAGCUGGGGACCAGACAUCCCUGCCCACAUCCAGGCACACUUCCAGAGACUGGGGCCCCUCCUGGGUGCCCAGGACAUGGAGCUGAGGAUCAGACCCCCCUGCCCACAUCUAAGCAUGCUACCAGUGCCUCAAGGCCCCAUCUGGGGGCCCAGGACAUUGAGCCAGGAAGCAGGCCCUCCUCCCACAACCAGGCACACCAUCAGGAGCACACCCAGGAGCAUGCCAAAAACAUCACUUCCACAUGGAAAACAAAAAUCUAACAGGGAAUUCGUCCUUCUGGGACUCUCCAGCUCAGCAGAGCAGCAGCACCUCCUGCCUGUGCUUUUUCUCUGUAUGUUCUUACUCACCAUGUUGGGGAACCUGUUCAUCAUCCAGGUCAUUGGCUUUGACUCUCACCUCCAUUCCGCCAUGUAUCUCUUCCUUAGUAACUUGGCCUUUGUUGACAACUGUUUUACUUCCACUACAUCCCCCCAAAUGGUUGUGUACAUCUUGACCAACACCCAGACUCUUUUUACAGGCUGCCUCACCCAGUCCUUCUUUUCCCUGUCUUUUGUGAAUAUGGGCAGCCUCCUUCUCUGUAUAAUGGCAUAUGAUAUGUAUGUCGCAAUUUGCCACCCUUUACAUUAUACCACCAAAAUGAAUCCUCACCUUUGUGUGCAGCUGGUGGCAGGGCUCUGGGUUGUUACUUAUCUCCAUGCCCUCCUGUAUACUCUCCUGAUGGCACAUCUGUCCUUCUGUGCCUCCAAUGUCAUUCACCAUUUCUUCUGUGAUCUCAUCCCUCUCCUGCAGCUCUCCUGCUGUGAUGUCUCCUUUAAUGUGAUGUUCCUUUUUACAGUGGGAAGUCUAUUGGCACUCACACCCCUUAUCUGCAUCCUCAUAUCCUAUGGACUUACCUUCACCAUCCCGAAGGUCCCGUCUACUCAGGGGAAACAGAGAGCCUUUUCCACCUGUGGCUGCCAGCUUUCACUGGUGGUGCUGAUUUAUGGCACAGCCAUCACUGUCUACUUCAGCCCCUCCUCCUCUCAUACCCCUGAGAGGGACACCCUAUCGGCUGUUACGUAUUCAGUAGUGACUCCAAUGCUGAAUCCUUUCAUCUAUAGUCUAAGAAACAGGGAUAUCAAGAGAGCACUUCACUAAAUGCUUUGUAAGUGCACAGUCUUUCAACAGCAAUAA